AUGCCACCAGAGCGGUACGCUGUCCAGCACCUCUACAUCGCUCCGUCGUGCCCCGUCGUAGCCAUGGGACAGUCGGAUGGGGUAGCCGCCGCCCCCAAGGAGCCAGAUCUGGCGCCGAAGCUCCCAUGGACAGCAGCGGCAGGUUCCCCGGGCGACCAGCCCCCCGUGUCUCUGCAUCGUCCGCGCCGCUGCACUGUGCCACCGCUGGACGCACGCGAGUCUCCUCCGCCCGCGCCGCCGCACUGUGCCACCGCAGGUCGCGCGCGAAUCCCUGCCGCCAGAUCACGCCCUGCGCCGCCACGCCCGGACAAGAGGAAGGGAAACACCGUCCCUGCCGCCACCGCACGGGCUUUGCUCGGGGAUGCCCUCAGGUGGCGGCUGAAGGAGAAUGGGGAUGAGUGGUGGAGGAGUCGACAUCGGCUAGGAUAA